AUCGGGGAAGGUUAUGUAAUAAGGGUAGAGUUAGUAAAACCGCUGCAUUUAAUUUACAGCAGAUAUGUUGACCACAAGUUAGCAUUAGCUAUCGAGUUGUCCGGGAAGCUAAUUUAGGGUCUAACCAGGAAUAAGUUGGCCAAAAUCCGUUUUGUUCUGUUUCACGGAGUGAGACACAAUGGCGAGUCCAGGGAAAGACAACUACAGGAUGAAGAGCUAUAAGAACAAAGCGCUGAAUCCUCAGGAAAUGCGUCGAAGGAGAGAAGAGGAAGGAAUUCAGCUACGCAAACAAAAAAGAGAGGAGCAGCUGUUCAAGAGAAGAAAUGUCUGCAUACCUUCAGCUGAUGACUCCAUGCAGGAAUGUCCGAUCCAAGAUCCAGACAUCAGCUCCACAGUACCCAUCACAGCUGAUGGAGUCAUAACAGCAGAUAUGAUUCAGAUGAUCUUUUCUGAAGACCCCGACCAUCAACUAAUUGCUACACAGAAAUUCAGAAAAUUGCUUUCCAAAGAACCCAGCCCCCCCAUAGAUGAAGUGAUUUCCACUCCUGGUGUUGUGACUCGGUUUGUGGAUUUUCUGCAGCGGAGUGAAAACUGCACACUGCAGUUCGAAGCGGCCUGGGCACUGACCAACAUCGCCUCUGGGACCUUCUUGCACACCAAGGUUGUGAUUGAAACAGGAGCUGUUCCCAUUUUCAUUGAACUGCUGAACUCAGAGUACGAGGAUGUGCAGGAACAGGCAGUGUGGGCACUGGGGAACAUAGCGGGCGACAACGCUGAGUGCAGAGACUACGUACUCAACUGUGGCAUCCUCCCGUCUUUACAGCAGCUGCUCGCUAAAUCCAACCGUCUCACAACAACCCGAAAUGCAGUGUGGGCUCUGUCCAACCUGUGCAGAGGGAAAAACCCACCACCAGAUUUUGCAAAGGUGUCUCCUUGUCUCAACGUUUUGUCCAGGCUGCUGUUCAGCAGUGAUCCAGAUGUGCUGGCCGAUGCGUGUUGGGCUCUCUCCUACCUGUCUGACGGCCCCAAUGAAAAGAUCCAGACGGUCAUCGACUCCGGGGUCUGCCGCAGGCUCGUUGAGCUGCUCAUGCACGGCGACUACAAGGUUGUUUCUCCUGCCUUGCGUGCAGUGGGAAACAUCGUGACAGGAGAUGACAUCCAGACUCAGGUAAUCUUGAACUGUUCAGCACUGCCAUGUUUGCUCCACCUUCUCAGCAGCCCUAAGGAAUCCAUCAAGAAGGAGGCCUGCUGGACUGUGUCCAACAUCACCGCAGGAAACCGAGCUCAGAUUCAGAACGUCAUUGACGCCAACAUCUUUCCAGUACUGAUCGAGAUCCUUCAGAAGGCCGAGUUCCGCACAAGAAAGGAGGCUGCGUGGGCAAUUACCAACGCCACCUCUGGGGGCACUCCCUCACAGAUAAAGUAUCUGGUGUCCCUGAAUGCCAUCAAACCUAUGUGCGAUCUGCUGACAGUGAUGGACUCUAAGAUUGUUCAGGUGUCACUGAACGGUUUAGAGAACAUCCUCAGACUGGGAGAACAGGAAGCCAAACAGAAUGGAACUGGCAUCAAUCCGUACUGCGCUCUGAUUGAGGAAGCUUACGGAUUGGACAAGAUUGAGUUUUUACAGAGCCACGAGAACCAGGAGAUCUACCAGAAGGCCUUUGACCUGAUUGAACACUACUUCGGUGUGGAGGAAGAGGAUGCCAGCCUGGCUCCACAGGUGGAUCAGAAUCAAGGCCAGUUUGUCUUCCAGCAACAGGAAGGACCCAUGGAGGGUUUCCAGCUUUAAUCCCACUGCACUUCCUUAGUUCGGUCUUGUUGGACUUGGAACGUCUCUGCAGCAGACCCGUCUCUUCUCUGCUGUGCAGGAUCUUCACGUGUACUAUGCCUGAGAUUUGUGAAAAUAGAGAUCAAGCGUUUGGCUCCUCUGGAGUCCUAAAUAGAGAGCUGAGCUUUACCUGUUUCCGUACCGUUGAUAAAAUGUCUCUGCCAUCGAAAGCCGACUCAAGUCAAAAGGUUUUGAAACCUUGUUUUCAAAUUUAGUGCAAAAUCACAACGUUAAGCUUUCAGUGGUGUUUUUUUAAUCAUUCAAAAUGAUGUUAAUAUUUAUGUCUCCAAGCCAUCAUCCAUAUCCCUUUGUGAAUGUGAAACUACCUCUUCAGUCUCCAGAAAGAAGAGUGAAAAGGGAGAGAAAAGAACACCGAGCAUUGCUUCAUUUUUCCAUUGAUGUGGAAAUCUGAAAGGAAAUCCGGAUCCGAAAUGUUCAGAUCAGGGUCACCUGUAGAACAACACUACUGUAUGUCCCAGCGCUGCCGUCUGGAGCAGCGGCACAUCCACCUUUUACUUCUAAAGGACUUGAAGAACGGAGGGCUGCUGUGUCUGCUGAGCUCGUUAGAAACAGAAGAGUCGGAGCUUUUUUCCUUCACCUCUCACUGAAAGCAGCUUCCUGCAUCGAGCAGCGGCCUGAGUUAGUCUGUGACAGUGUUAGCUUUUCAUUGCUGCUAAUUUCAAACGUUCUUUCAGUUGAUCCGCAAGUUAUCAGGACGUGGCAGGUAAUGUCUGUGACACGAUGCUGUGUGCAAAACUCUUUCCCGUGAGAUUGUUCAGUUGUCUGGUUUGCCAGUUAUCAGUCUUAAAUUAUUUCUGCCUGGUGUGAUGGGAUUUCCUGAGCGACCUGGAGGGUUUUGUAUAUUAUAUAUACAUGUAAGUGCAAAGACGAUAUUUAAGUGGCUGUGGGAAUAGGUUAUAUGCAAUAUUUUUUCUGCUUGAUAUGCAGUUUUGACAGUUUCAUUUUGAACUUUGAAUAUUUCCACUUUAUUUUUUCAUGUUUUGUUGUGGUCGAGGUCUUAAGGAGGAAGCGGAGGCUUCUUUCCUUCUUCGAGCUCCGCCCCUGAACACUUUUGAUACGUGUCGAUUUGAGUACAGUGACAUCAACUGGACGCAAAAUCAGUCUAUAUUUAUGUGGAGUAAAACUAUUUGUAAUGCAGAAUUUACAUCAAGCACAUUCAAUCAUAUAGUUUUCUAAUAUUUCUGGUUUCUCUGUUUUUCUUCUUUUUUUUGUAGUUUUUGGGUUUUUUGCUCUUGGAAGUUCAUUUGCUGUGUUCUCGUCGCUCGUGGAUUCAUGUGUUUAAUUGUCAACAGCCGAUGUACAACAGUGUGAUACUAUAAUAUGCAGCCUGUGGUUCCUGACACACGGAGACCUGCUGGUGGAGGCUGUGGUAGUCACUGAUCAUGUGUGAGGCUGCAGCUAUAUGAUGUAAAAAAAAAAAAUAAUAAUAAUUAAAUGCAUCCAUUGGAUAAAAACGAU